UCCUGUCCACGCUGACGCAUCGUACUCUUACAUCGAUGCAUCAUGCCUUAUAGUUGCGUGAGCUCAUUCCUCGGAGAAUCGGAGCGAACUAAAUACAACGUAUCUGCUUCUUUCCCAAGCAUCAUGUUCCAUACAUUCGAUAUAUGGGGUUUAAGGAGCUAGAAACUUUCCCGCCGCAAUAUUUUUACUUUUAAAAAUAUCUUGUCACAUCCUGGCCUGACCUUUAAACCGAUUCAUUCACAAUGACCGGAAAUGCAACAGCAACAACUCCUUUGCUUCACGGCAUUGGACCUCCGCUCAUUAGCAACUAUGAUUACGAGAGAUUGCCAGAACGACUAUCAUCAAUGGGAAAACCAGAGUCCCCGCUGGUCACAUUUACCAAGUCCCGGCCUGAUGAUUCUGGAAAAUGUUUCCCACAAGCUAUUGCUCAUCGUGGCUAUAAGAUGAAAUAUCCAGAAAACACCAUGGUCGCGUUCGAGGGUGCUGUGAAGGCUGGAGCGAACGCUCUGGAAACCGACAUUCAUUUAUCCAGAGAUGGUGUUGUUGUUUUAGCACAUGAUGCGACUCUCAAACGCUGCUUCUCUAUAGAUAAGAAGGUUAUAGACUGUGAUUGGAGCUUUUUGAGGACCCUUCACACGACCGAAGCUCCACAUGUGCACAUGCCUAGGUUGCAAGAUCUGCUAGAAUACCUAACAUUGCCUGGACUGGAAGACAUUUGGGUCAUACUAGAUAUCAAGCUUGACAAUGAUACAGAGCAAGUCAUGAAGCUUAUCGCAUCGACGAUAGAGGCUGUCCCGCCGGGUACGAAGCCCUGGAACCAGCGCGUCGUCCUCGGUUGCUGGGCGACGAAAUACAUUCCUCUUCGCGAUCUUUAUCUUCCGCAUUUCCUCAUUGCACAUAUCGGAUUUUCAAUACCCUAUGCUCGGCAAUUCUUCGCUACCCCGAACGUUGCAUUCAGCAUGCUUGGUAAAAUCCUUAUGGGCCCAAGAGGGAAACGUUUCAUACGAGAUGUCAGAUCACACAAUCGCGAACUCUUCGCCUGGACUAUUAACUCCGAGGAAGAGAUGAAAUGGUGUAUCAAAAAUGAACUCGAUGGAGUAUUGACUGAUGACAUAGACAAGUAUAUGGAGGUUCGCAAGCGAUUCAGUAGCGGCACUGAGGAAUCCAAAGGGUUUUCAAUACUAGCUCUUUUGAACAUCCUCCGGGUAAAUUUCUUGGCAUACUUAUUGAGUUUCAUCUUUCAAUGGCGGUUCGGAUUGCUUGAUGGCAUAGACAGGAAGGACCAGACCAUAGACCAGAAGCAUUAAAGAAUGGGCAUUCCGCCGCAUCUGAUAGGAGUCGG